UUUCAAAGUACUUCAAAAAACCUCUCUUUUUUUGUCCACUGGUAUCAGGAACAUCAACUGGUUUUUUAGUGUGGUGUUUCUACAAUAUCUUUCCAGACCAAGCAGCAACAUUCCGCUGGAAGCUCACCUCAGCGAAGGAGAAGAGCAAUAAAAAUGGACGAUUAUACACGAGAGAUGAUGGAUCUCAAAACACUCGUCACUCGAACCCUAGAAAAGAAAGGCGUUCUCGCUAAGAUCCGGGCUGAACUCAGAGCAAGUGUAUUUGAGGCCAUCGAGGAAGAGGAUAGAGUGAUUGAAAAGGAAGAAGGCUUGCCUCCUGCUCUGUUGGGUAGCUGUAAUGAUCGUGCUAAACAACUCCAUAAUUCACCAUCAGGAAGGCUACUAACUGCACUCAUAUGUGAAUAUUUGGACUGGGCUCAGCUGAACCAUACGUCAAAAGUUUAUUUGCCAGAAUGUAAUUUGCCGAAAGAUUUCUGGAAAUCUGAGCUAAAAGAUUUUAGUAACAAGAAUGGGUAUGAUGUUAACCGGAAUGGAGACAGUGGUCCCCUGCUUUUGGAUGUCCUUGAAGGAUUCUUGAAGUAUGAGAAUUUAUCCCAAGCAAGGGGUGCCGGAAGGAGAUUACCCACAUUAGAUGGAGAAUCACUGCCGAGUUUAGAAACAAGGAACGUUAGGCGGCCUUCAUCUAUUGCUGGGGGCCUACCUCCAUUGGGAAGGCCACUUCCUUCUUCCCAAACGUCUGACAGGAGAGCAGGAUCAUCAUCAAUGUCAGGUUACAGUAGGAAAGAGGAAUACAACUGGAGAUAUGAUAGUGAUGAGGAUGCAGAGGAUGUCGUGCGUGCUUCAGCUGCGUUAGAAAACCUUCAGCUUGAUAGAAAAGCUCGGAACCUUACAAGCUCUUGGCGCAGGCAUGCAGGGGAUGGCAUUUCUGACUCUGAUGGGAGAAUGGAGUAGAAGCUAGAAUGGUCUUGUGUCCAAUUUCUUUGGUUUCAACUUUCUUCCAUUCCUUAAUUUUCAUCUAAUGUGUGAUUAAAUUAUUCUAUGCAUGGAUCCCGGUAUGAAAUAACUCACAAUUAAUAUAUUACUACUAGUUGAGUUCUACCAUUUUCCUUAGCUUCCUUCACUGUGAUUGUAUGUAUGUGAAGUUUGUUGUUGAUGCUAUUACCCUAUAUAUACCAACAGGCAUGACUAUUGUAAGUUGUGUAGUCCUUGAUGUUAACAGAGUAAAGAGGUUACAUAAUUGGU